GCGGGCAGCUGGGGCCGGGAGCUGAGCGCGCACAGGGACCCAGCCCCGCAGUGAAGCCGGCCGGGAGGCCCGCACGCCGCCGUCUCCGAUGCGAGCCCUGCUGCUGCUCUGGGCGCUGGCCUGGCUCUCCGGGUGCCACCCUGCUGCUGGAUUAGGACUAAAUGCGACAGAGCAGGAGGAAAAUGUGCCACAGACACUGGACCACAGCGUGGAUGGGAGCACCAUGCCCUCAGGAAUUGACUAUGAAGAUAUUGAAGACGACGAGGAGGAGGAGGACCCAGCAGUGCCUCUGUACAUUGUAGAUGAUUCGAUUAAAGUUGAACCUGUGAUUAAACCCAAGCAAACAAAAACAGAUCGGGAAAAGAAUCCUGACAAAACAAAAAGAAAGAAAAACAAAGGAAAGAAAAAUAAGAAGAAAGGGACACCAUGUGAAGCAGAGUACAAAAAUUUUUGCAUUCAUGGUGAAUGCAAAUACCUAGAAGAACUCAAAGAAGUAACAUGCAAAUGUCGUCAGGAUUAUUUUGGUGAACGCUGUGGUGAACAGUUCAUGAAGACUCAAAAGAGAAACGAUAUCGGCAACUAUUCCACAACGAUAUUGGUGGUGGUAGCUGUUCUGCUGUCCAGCAUCAGCUUCAUUGCAAUUGUCGUCCUUGUUAUAAUGCAGGUCAGGAAAACGUAUCCUCGAUGUGAAGAAAAGGAGGAAAGAAAAAAGCUCAGACAAGAGACUGGAAAUGGCCAUGUUGGCGUGUAAAGGAGAGCGCAGAACAUGAAGCUGAAACAGUCUGCAGCUUCGGCAAAGAACUCCUUCAGGAAGACGCAUGUAGGAGAUGGCCAGUGUUGGAGCUGUUACCCAGAGGCCCCACUCAAUCAACUUGGAUCCUGUAAGGAGGCUUCUGAAGAACAACUUGAUGCUGAGAAGCUGGCUGGGCUGGGCUGCUGCCAACACAUCCUGGCUGCCCAACGUGGAGGAUGUUGCAACUAGAGGGUUAAAAGCACCACUGUCAGGAGCUAUGUGGGAACUGCUGCCAGUGGGCCCCAUCCAGUCAUUGAUGGAAGACUGCCAUCUUUCUGCUGCUACCUGGAUAACAUUCCUUUUGACUCUUGCUGUUUGCUGCAAAUGUCCUGCAGUCAGGCUUGUUGUUGAAAGUCUCCAUUUAAGGGGGAUCAUGGCUUUAAGGAGAACAGAGGGCUUGUUGCCCCUCUCUGCCUCAUCAUUACACAAAAGGAAGUGGGACAAGAUUUGAUUACGAUUGUUCCCCAGACCUUCCUGACUGGAGGUGCACUACAGGUGUGGGGGCGAGCUUUCUUCUCCCACCCCUGUGAUCCUAUGUGCUGUAUCUGCUUUAUUAGCAGCAGACCAGGAAUCUGAAGGCUUGUCUGCACCAGAGGGGGUGGAGUUCUAGUCUGCACUAGACUAACUGGUCUGUGUUGACCUUGCUGGUGUAUGCUACAGGUUCCCUAGUGCAGAUUGACAUAAUCCUGUAUAAAGCAUCAAUGUGCACUGGGAAACUUGUAGUGCCAGCAGGGUCCACGUAGUCCAGUUUGCACAUGACAUACUAGUGCAGACUAAAGCAUGGUGUAGACAAGCCCUGCCACAGGUUCUUCCCCAAACUCCACUCGUGAUAUCUCACUGAAGUUUCCUUUUGUUACAAACCUGGGCCCUGAUCCUGCGAACACUUAAGCAUGAGUAAUUCCAUUGACUUCAAUGGGACUAUUCAUAUGGGUAAAGUUAUGCACACGUUUGCUGGACUGAGUGAUUGCUUUGGAGUUUCAAUUAGAAUCAUAGAAUAUUGGGGUUGGAAGGGACCUCAGGAGGUCAUCCAGUCCAAUCCCCUACUCAAAGCAGG